GUUCACAGUGCAUUGAAAAUCAAAUAUGGCUACACAAGAUGAGAAUUUGCAUGUCUCCGACAACACCCAACAGCAGGUGACUCCACAUCAUGAAGAGCGUCCAGACUACUCCUAUGUUAUGAAUACCACACAGGAACCGUUGAUUGAACAAGAUGAGUUUCAGCAUGGCAUAGUCGGAGUGGAAGUUGAUAAUGAGACAAAUGAGCUCUUGAAUCUCUAUGAGGCUUAUGUAAAGGAGAAAGAGGCCGAAACAGAACCUACAGUUGUACAAGGAGGGACCACCUUUGGAAGUACUGAACAUUCAACACCUGAUUCUGAACGAGUUCCACAUAAUGAAGAUGAGGAGCGUAAUGUAUUUGAAUCUGAGCACCAGAGGAGAAGAAUAUCAUGUGAUACAGUUUAUUCAUGUGAGGUAUGCAGUGAGACAUUCAACUCCUACAAUACACUGGAAUGCCAUAUGUCAGUCCAUAAUAAACAGGAAAUAUAUUCGUCUAAUGAGAAGCCAUACACUUGUGAUGUAUGUAGUAAAUGUUUUAAACUAAAAUUUAAUUUACAACGUCAUUUGUUAAUACAUACUGGUGAGAAGCCAUAUAGUUGUGAUGUAUGUAGUAAAUAUUUUAGUGAUUCAUCAACAUUGCAACGUGAUUCAACAACAUUGCAACGCCAUUUGUUGAUACAUACUGGUGAGAAGCCAUAUAGUUGUGAUGUAUGCAGUAAACGUUUUAGUGAUUCAUCAACAUUGCAACGUCAUUUGUUGAUACAUACUGGUGAGAAGCCAUAUAGUUGUGAUGUAUGUAGUAAAUGUUUUAACAGAAAAUCAACAUUGCAACGGCAUUUGAUUAUACAUAAUGGUGAUAAGCCAUAUAGAUGUGAUGUAUGUAGUAAACGUUUUAGUGAUUCAUCAACAUUGCAACGACAUUUGUUGAUACAUACUGGUGAGAAGCCAUAUAGUUGUAAUGUAUGUAAUAAAUGUUUUAAAGUAAAAUUAAUAUUGCAACGUCAUUUGUUGAAACAUACUGGUGAGAAGCCAUAUAGUUGUGAUGUAUGUAGUAAAUGUUUUAGUGAUUCGUCAACAUUGCAACGACAUUUAUUGAUACAUACUGGUGAGAAGCCAUAUAGUUGUGAUGUAUGCAGUAAAUGUUUUAGUGAUUCAUCAACAUUGAAAAAGCAUUUGUUGAUACAUACUGGUGAGAAGCCAUAUAGUUGUGAUGUAUGUAGUAAAUGUUUUAACAGAAAAUCAACAUUGCAACGGCAUUUGAUUAUACAUAAUGGUGAUAAGCCAUAUAGUUGUGAUAAAAUCAACAUUGCAACGACAUUUGAUUAUACAUACUGGCGACAAGGCAUAUAG